CAGAGGAGGCGAGCAGUCACUGUGAACCACUGAACAAGUCUGGAAAAAGAUACAGGGAGAGAGCAAGUGAAGAGAAAGAGACAGGGCGUGAAUGUAUGUGAUGUACACAGGCAAUAGUCUAUCCAGGUAUUGCUAACCCAGUUAGUGGAUGUGUGUGUGGAUGUGUGUGUGUGAGUGUGCGGGAGAAAAGAGAAAAGAUUAGAACGGCUCAUAUAGAAAGAAAGAAGAGGAAGAAACCAAGGGAACAAAAAUUAAAAAGGAAGGAGGAGAGUUAACGAACAAAAAUCAACCAUGCUGUGCUGUAUGAGAAGGACGAAACAGGUUGAACAAAAUGAGGAUGGGGACCAAAAAAUUGAACAAGAUGCAAACAAACCAGAGGACAAAGCCCACAAGGCAGCAACCAAAAUCCAGGCUAGCUUCCGAGGACAUAUAAUCAGGAAAAAGCUGAAGGGAGACAAGAACGAUGAGAACAGUGGAGAACCAGUAGAGAACCAUAAAGAAGAUGCUAAGGAAGAAGGGGACAAAAAAGAAAAUGAAGCCCCAAAACCAUCUCCCAUUACUGAUGGCCCAUUGUCUGAAGAUGACAAAAAGAAAAAGGCAAGUUCUCCAACAGAAGAUAAAAAACAGGAAGGAGCUUCAGAAGAUGAAGCUAAACCUACAGAGAAGUCCCAGGCUACACCAUCAGAAGAGAAGCAUUCUUCUGCGGAGACGGAGAGUACUGCAAAAGGUACUUCUGAGAACUCCUCGGGCAAUGAUGCCAAUAAAGAAAAGGAGUCAAACCAAGCCGAUGUGCCUGCUGCUAACCAAGAAGUGACGCCUGCAAAAGAACAACCCAAAAAUGAGACAGCGGACAAGAGUCAAGGGGAUGAGAAGAAAGGAGAUGAUGUAGAAGAAACCAAACCAAGUGAAAGUGCCCAACAGGAACCAGCUGAGAGUGAAGAAACCAAGGUGGACCAAGAAAAUGCCUGAACACAAUGAAUUGUUCCCCUGUUAAUCUCCUCUUGGACUCCAUCGUUCCACCUCCCUGGCGCCCCUUCUCAGUCUCCUCACGUGGAUCCCUACACCUCACUCCUCCCCUCUUAUUUCUCUCUGUGUGGCAGAACAUGUAAAAGGCAGGAAAAAUUCAGUCAAAAAAGUGUGGCUUAAACAUUUUAAGUGUUUUUAGUGUUGUUAAUGGCAAGUUUUUCAGUAUGGUCCAAUCCAAUUCAUUUUGGAGAUUCUCUUGCACUGUAUCCAAGUUUUAUUCCAGCCCCCCGUGCUCUCUUCUCUCUUUCUCUCUAUGUUCCACUGUGUGCAAUGUUCCGUUAACCUAUGGGUUUCAAAAUUAUCCAGUGAAUUUCAACAAAAGUCUUUUUUUGUUUUUGUUUUAUUUUUGUUUUUUUUUCUGUUUCUAUUCUUGUUCCUCUUCAAUGUGAUGGAAUGAACAUAUCAAAAAUAAUUAGACCUCUCUACAGUUUGUUUUCCAAAAUAAAGCAAUGUGCCAAUUAGCGUAUAA